AUGCCGGCCCAGAAGAACGUGCAAAAGCUGGAGGAAGCGGGAGAGUCGUCAUUAUCAGUCGCUACGACAGCAGUCUCAACAACUGCUAAUGGCGCUCCAACAUACGAGCUCCCUUGGGUCGAAAAGUAUCGCCCGGUAUUCCUCGAUGAUGUCGUCGGCAACACGGAAACGAUCGAGCGAUUGAAGAUUAUUGCGAAGGAGGGCAACAUGCCGCAUGUCAUCAUCUCGGGCAUGCCUGGUAUCGGAAAGACAACGAGCGUGCUCUGCCUGGCACGGCAACUGCUCGGAGAGUCGUACAAAGAGGCAGUGUUGGAACUGAACGCCAGUGACGAGCGAGGCAUCGACGUCGUCCGCAACCGCAUAAAGGGCUUCGCUCAGAAGAAAGUCACCCUCCCCCAGGGCCGCCACAAGCUCGUCAUCCUCGACGAGGCCGACAGUAUGACAUCGGGCGCGCAACAGGCUCUCCGCCGCACGAUGGAGAUUUACUCCAACACGACCCGCUUCGCCUUCGCCUGCAACCAGUCCAACAAGAUCAUCGAGCCGCUGCAGUCGCGAUGCGCGAUCCUGCGCUACGGUCGACUGACGGACGCGCAAGUCGUCAAGAGGCUCAUGCAGAUCAUCGAGGCAGAGAGUGUGCAGUACAGCGACGACGGACUGGCGGCACUGGUAUUCUCCGCCGAGGGAGACAUGAGACAAGCGAUCAACAACCUGCAGAGUACCUUUUCGGGCUUUGGCUUCGUCAGUGGAGACAACGUCUUCAAGAUUGUGGACAGCCCGCAUCCUGUCAAGGUGCAGGCGAUGCUGAAGGCUUGCUACGAGGGAAACGUCAACUCUGCGUUGGAUAUCCUACGGGAGCUGUGGGACCUAGGCUACUCAAGCCACGACAUCAUUAGCACCAUGUUCAAGGUCACAAAGACGAUCCCAACGCUGAGCGAGCAUUCGAAGCUCGAAUUCAUCAAGGAGAUUGGCUUCACGCACAUGAAGGUGUUGGAGGGCGUGCAGACGCUGCUACAGCUGAGCGGGUGCGUGGUCCGGCUUUGCAAGAUCAACAUGGAUCCGAAGCGGUUCGAGGUGGCGACCAAAUGA